AUGUUUCUAAGUUUAAUUCACUUUACGCCCCCCAAAACCCCACGAAAUGUUUUUUUUCCAUGGCAAACUUUUUGUGUGCAUAAAUCAGGAAGUUUUUUAGAAAAAAAUAGGUUAGCUUUAAGAGUACCUAUUAAUUUAACAAAAUUUGAAAUUAGAGAAUAUUUAAGAAAAAUAUAUAAUGCAAAAGUAAUAAAGGUCAAUACAUUAAUUAAAAUACCAGAAAGGCGGAGAAAUUUAAGUGAUCAUCGUUUUAAUUAUUAUAGAAAUGGGCCUAUAUAUAAAAAAGCAAUUAUAACAUUAGAGCACGAAGUACCAGAUAGUGUUAAAAUGAUUCAGUCGUGUAAAAAUAUAGGUAGAAAUCCUUAUAUUACGAAAAAAAAUGUUAUUUAUGGUGUUAGAAGUGAUGUAAAAAUUACACCAACAAGAUCUCAAUUGUGGCAUAUGGGAGAGUGUAGAUAUUCAUGGAGGCUGCCUUUAACAAAUUUGUUAGCAGAUUAUAAAAUGAAUUUAAAUCCUGAUUUAAGAAUUGAUGAAAAUUAUGUUCAACUCGCACCAGAUCCUACGAAACCGUUUAUGCAUUCUGGUGUUUCAUCAGAAACAUUUAAACCCGAUAAUGUGCCUGACCAAACAUUUCCUCAUAUUAAUUUAACACCUUGGAGAAGGCAUGUAAAGAAAAUAUAUGACUCAGGUACUUUAGCACCACCUGAAUCAUUUCAUCACGUUUCUAAACGUGGCGAAACAAUUGAAUAUGGAAAUCAAAAUAAAGGAGAUAGAAAAUCUGCCAGAAGCAGUGAAUGGAAACCUCCAUCAUAA